GGCCGGGCGAGCGAAUCAGAGCCGGGGAAACAAAACUGCCGGGUUUGAAAUCCUCCGCCUCCCCCGGCGCCAUCGUCCUCCGCGUGACGGGCCAGAGUCUGGCGCGUCGGACCCACGCACGGCGCGCAGGUGAGCCGGCCCGGGGCCGCGCGCAGUGUACUCCCUUUAAAUCAACAGUUCUUGGAGGUUGGUGAAGUGGAGAAAAUGGCAUCCGAGGACAUUACUAAGCUAGCAGAGUCACUUGCCAAAGCCCAAGUGGGCGGAGGGCAGCUGAGCUUCAAAGGCAAGAGCCUGAAACUCAAUACCGCCGAAGAUGCCAAAGAGGUGUCUAAGGAAAUUGAGGAAUUUGAUGGCUUGGAAGCCCUGCGCCUGGAAGGCAACACCGUGGGUGUGGAGGCAGCAAAGGUCAUUGCCAAAGCCCUGGAGAAGAAAGCUGAGCUCAAGAGGUGUCACUGGAGUGACAUGUUCACAGGGAGAUUGAGGUCUGAGAUCCCUUUUGCUCUGACUGCCCUGGGGGAGGCCCUUAUCACCGCAGGUUCCCAGCUGGUGGAACUGGACCUGAGUGACAAUGCCUUUGGGCCAGAUGGCGUGCGUGGCUUUGAGGCACUGCUGAAGAGUCCUGCUUGCUUCACUUUGCAGGAGCUCAAGCUGAACAACUGUGGCAUGGGCAUUGGAGGAGGCAAGAUCUUGGCAGCUGCCCUGAAAGAGUGUCACAGGAAAUCAAGUGCCGUGGGCAAACCUCUGUCUUUGAAAGUAUUUGUGGCUGGCAGGAACCGUCUGGAGAAUGAUGGUGCCACUGCACUGGCUGAGGCAUUUGGGCUCAUCGGGACGCUGGAAGAGGUCCAUAUGCCACAGAACGGAAUCAACCAUCCUGGCAUUACAGCGCUGGCCCAGGCCUUUGCUGCCAACCCGUUGCUGCGGGUUAUCAAUCUGAAUGACAACACCUUCACAGAGAAGGGGGCUGUGGCCAUGGCAGGGACUCUGAAGACUCUCCGACAGGUAGAAGUGAUCAACUUUGGGGACUGCUUGGUGCGCUCAAAGGGUGCCAUCACCAUUGCUGAAGCAGUCAAAGAGGGGCUCCCUAAACUAAAGGAACUGAACUUGUCCUUCUGUGAAAUCAAACGAGAUGCUGCCCUGACUAUUGCAGAGGCAACUGAAGACAAGUCUGAGUUGGAGAAACUGGAUCUCAAUGGUAAUGCUCUGGGAGAAGAAGGCUGUGAACAGCUCCAGGAGAUUCUUGAAGGUUUCAACAUGGCAGAUGUGCUGGGCUCCCUGAGUGAUGACGAAGGGGAGGACGAAGAGGAUGAAGAUGACGAAGGGGAGGACGAAGAGGAUGAAGAUGAUGAAGGGGAGGACGAAGAGGAGGAACAACAGCUGCAGGAGAGGGGGCAGGGAGAACAGGAAUCGUUGCCUUCUAAGAAGAUUCUUGACUCGCAUGAUUCUACUCCUGUGUCUUCUCCUCCUCCUCCUCCUCCUGUGGAUGUUGCUACAUUCCUCGCCUUCCCGUCUCCAGAGAAACUGCUACGACUAGGGCCCAAGUGCUCUGUUCUGAUAGCUCAGCAGACAGACACAUCUGAUAUGGAGAAGGUGGUUAUGGCUCUCUUGAAGAUCUCUUCUGUGUUCAAAGAUGAAACCACAGUGAAAACAGCAGUGCAUGAAACAACAGAUGCCUUGAUGAGAAAAGCCUUCAUUUCCGCCACCUUUAAUUCUGAUGCAUUCAUCACCAGCCUACUGAUCCACAUGGGUCUGCUCAAGAGUGAAGAAAAGAUCAAGGCUGUCCCAAGCCUCUAUGGCCCUCUGAUGACCCUGAACCAUAUGGUCCAGCAGGAUUAUUUCCCCAAAUCCCUGGCCCCAGUUCUCCUGGCCUUCGUGACAAAACCCAACCGUGCUUUGGAUUCCUGCUCCUUUGCCCGCCACAUGCUGCUGCAAACCCUCCACCAGCUGUAGUAGAACCGCAACUCUGCUCCUUCCCCCUCAUAAGACUCUUAUCAGCGAGAGCUCUUAGCCAGCUGACAGGAGAGGAUGUCAGCACCCAUGGAAACAUGCCGUCUGUCUCUCACAGGGAUGUCCGUCCUUCCUUCUGCUUUGACAAACUCGGAGGAAUCCUGCUGAUAUUUUUUUUACUUUUGUUUUUCCAUUUUUUAAUUGAAGGCCCCUCUUCCAAUGGGCAGGCAGUUGUGCCAGAACUAAUCCUCCUGGGGCUCUUCAUUGCGCUCCAUGCAUUGGAAAGAGGGCCCCAUUAAACGCAACACUGCUGGAAGGGGUUGUGCCCACGCUACCGUCUUGCAGAGGGUGCUGGAUGUGGGCUCUCUGCAGCAGCAGCAGCAGAACCAAGCAGGGCUUUUGCAUGGUGCUCUGGCUUCCAUCUCAUGCUGCCCUGGGCCAUGCACCUGGAAAUUGCAGCAGUAGUGUUGCUUCUCCAGAGUUAUCAAAUUGCCCAGCUGCCUCCUGCUGCUCCAGGCUUGGGAGAGGGGGAUGCUCCCCACUGCUCUUGUAUUCCUAAUCUAACUGGGAGAGGGGUCCUGUGUGGCUCAUCUGUAUUUUAAUCUGCUAAUCCCCUGCUAUACUAGAGUGGAGCUUUCUCUGGUAGGGCUGGCCCUGGUGGUCUUUGCCUGUUCAUUGUGAUAUUGCCAUAGCCUGCCUUCCCCCAUCCCCACUUCCCAAUUAAAUUAGGCUUGGUUUA